GAUAAAAAAAAUCACAAAGCCUCAUUCACUUCCAUUCGGGCACCGAAAGUGAAAGUCAGUAGGGGAAGGGCAAACUCUGUUUACGUGGCUGCAGCGCUGCACGCGACCAGUAUCUGAGCUGAGCCUGCACGAGCGGCCUAAAAGGAGAUUGUCGCGGUUGUCGGGUGAGACGACUCAACGUUGUCUGAAAAGGAUCAUCAUGGGCAGGAUGAGGAUUCUCUGGAUUUUGUAUCUACUCUCUCUCUCUGGUCUGAACACCUCUGACAUCAGGAAACUCAAUACAAUAGAAGAUCUAGCAGACAACAACAUUGGGUUUGGAAAGACAUACGCCCGACAUGGCUUAUUUCUGCUCUACUGGCUGACACAUGCACUAGUGUUUAAUCAGAACAACAAUGCCAUACAGCUGAUAGAUACAUGUACAUCAAAUGGAGAGCAGAGAAACAUCAACAUUUAUAUGAGGGAUUAUGGCCUUCAUCGCUUCAACAAUUAUGAAAAUUUUCCCAUCCCCUCUGACUCUGAAUAUAGGUAUUUGACUGUGGGAAACAUCAAUCAAAGAACUUACAGUGGCGUGACUUAUUUUCCUAAUUAUGUCACAGUUGACUUUAACAACCGACCAUUUGCUGAAAGUAACUUGGACAGACUUAUUCUCCAGACACACCGUAACAACCCGAGAACUAUACUAAGAGUUUUCAUCACUGAACACUAUAAUGAAAACAUCUACGAGAUAAGUCCCCAGCUUCUGGAAGAGAUUCGGAAAUUCCAAAAUUUGGAUGACUUCCUCUUGAAGGCAGGCUAUAACUUUGAAACAAGGCCUGAAUGCUCAAGGAGAGGAAAUCAAGGAAAACGUCGUCGCCGCUCGGAUCCUGAGUGUACACGCGAAGUUGUGAUGCUAGAGGUGAGAUCCAGUGCCACGGCUAACGCCAAGAUCACGUGGAGCAACAUCCCCAGCACCACUCUGAGGAAAAACCUUUUUGUGAGGCUCUUUGCUGACAUGGACAGCACCAAACCCCUUUACAGCUUCAGUGUAGGACAGCAGUCUGGAUCCAUAGACACCAGCGUGCCUCUGGACAACAGGCUGCAGGCCCGACUGAGUGAAUGCAACAAUUAUUUUUGUUGGUCUGAAAGUGUCAUCUGGAGGAGCUCUGAAUUUGAUGAUGCCAAUAGGAAGUUUCCAGCUGAAGUGGUUGGAUAUGACGCCAGUCUGCAGCUGUUUGUAAAAAAGGGCAAAGCCUGUGCCCGCCUCUACAUCAACAAGGCCUUUACUGAUUGGAGGGACUCAUUUUACAAAGCAUGGGUGGGGUUCUACAAGAGUAGCAAUGAUGGACACAGCAGCUAUGAAACAUAUCAAUGGGCCACCAAAUUCAAUGAAAAUACCCAGAAACAAACAGAAGAAGAAGAACACACAUAUUUGAUAUAUGAGUAUGACUCUGGAUUAGCUGUGCAGCAGGGUUUCCAGGCUCGGCUCUUUCACCAAAAGCCCGUCCUCAGUGUUCGGGCCCACACAGUGCCCUGGGGGGAGGAGGCCAUCAGAAAGAUUCAGAACAACGUGGGGGAAUAUGGUGCCAGUCUGCAGCUGACUGCUGGAUCUGAUGAUGAUAGCUGUAAAGCCCUUGCCCGCCUCUACAUCAAAAGAGACUUCACUGACUGGAAGAAUACAUUGACCAACUCAUGGGUGGGGUUCUAUAAGAGUAGCUCUGACUGUAGCUCCAGCUACACAACAUAUCAGUGGGUCACCAGCUUUGUGAGGAAUGACGAAAAGUGCACAGAGGAGUACAUGGCUUACGAUUACACAUCUAGCAUGACUGUCGACCAUGGGGUGGAGGCACGCUUCUUCUUGAGUAGGGAUUAUUCCAGUAGGAUAGGCCAGGCUGUACUUGAUGUGAACCAGCGACUUAUCUACGCGUGUAGUUUAGGUUAACUUAGAAAGUAGCAUAGUAGCAGUGACCAUGCAUAGGCUGUGUUGCAGGCCACAUUGGGGUAGGAUAACUCAUCCACCCAAGGGGUCAGUUAUCUUUGCUUCAGAUUCUGCUCCUCUCAUUUUUGCAACUUCUGUUUAACACACACUUAACUUACACUACUACAGAAAAUGUUGGGGAGAUCUAGGGGAGAACUAAUCCCGGCGCAGUGAGCUGCCUGCUACAAUGGCGGUGCUCGGGGAGCAGUGAGGGGUUAGGUGCCUUGGUCGG